UUACAGGAAAGAAAGAAGUAAAGAUUAAGGCUCUGGAGGCAGCUGAGGCAGCCAAACGUCAUGAUGAGAAAAAAGAGAUUGAACGUAAGAAGAGGAAAGAAGAAAAUUUAAGACAGCUAGAAAUAAACAAACAAAAGAAACAAGAUGAAAGAAAGAAAAAAGAAGCUGAAGUUUUAGCAAGGAAAAGGAUGAGAGCUGAAGAGGAGAAAAAUGACAAGGAGAAGAAACGACUUCGAAUUGGAGAGUUACGGAGACAGCAAAAUGAGGAGGAAAAGUUCCGUGUUAAAAAAGUAGAUGUUGAAAAAAAGUGUUCUGCUAUUGUUGGAAAACCAAUACAUGCUGAAAUAUUGGAAAAUGACAACUCAGGAGCCACAGUUUCUCAUGACAGCCUCGACACGUCAGAUGAUCAAAGUCAACCUGAAACGCUAUAUGCCAAUUUUGAUAAACAAGAUCAAAACUUCACUGCCAUGGGAGCUCAAUUGAAGUCAUAUGAGAUUUCUCCAUAUAAAUGUUCCGAUGAUGAAGGUGAAGAUGAAGAUGAGGAAGAAACCACACAAAAACCUAUUCCCUCAUGGGCCAGAAAAAAUUGUGUUGCUCAGUUUCUUCUCUUUCAGCAAGAAAUGGAUCCUGACUUCAUAUUUCAUCCAAAUAGUUUAUGCAGUAUCGAUGAAGUUCUCCUGCCUCGAAAGCUACAGCUGAAACAUGCAGCACUUUGAGUUGAAUACUUGAAUGGUUGGAAAAAGUUCAGGGAACUUUUGAGUGUAUCCUCCAACUUCCAAGUCCUGCCCCUAGAGGAGAGGCCUAGACAGUUUCUAAUUUUAACCAAUGAUCAGGUCCCUAGGCUACUGUAAUGAUGUGUCUGUAUGAUGUUUUCUUUAAAUUCAGUUAAUAUGUCAAAAAAUUCUGUAUAAAUAAGAGUGAUGUGUUUAUUUAUUUUCGAUUAAAUGAAAUGAUUUAGCAAACUUUUAAUUGUAAAAAAUUUCAAACAUAC